AUGCGGACUCAAUUCGUGCUCCCGUCCCUGCUCGGGGUGAUCGUCUUGCUCGCCUGGCCAGUGUCGGUUUCCUCUUCCAUCACCUACUGUUCGUCUGUGAACACUGGAUCUUCCCAGGCCGCAAAUGAGAGUACAUUCCAGUCCAACGGUCUUUGCCAGGCCCAUUGCAGUUCCUAUGCGUUCGGAAUUCUGCAGGGCUACGACUGCUGGUGCUCGAACAUCGCUCCGAACUCCAAAACCAACGUGGCCGACACCAAAUGCAGCCAAAACUGUCCUGGCUACCCAGAUGAUAGCUGUGGAAGUACUCCCAAAGGACUGUAUGCCUAUGUCGAGGUCGUCGGCAAUCAGCCACAGGGCACAGCAACUGUAUCUUCGAGCUCAACCACAUCCACUUCGACCUCGUCGACGCACUCGUCUUCUACAACAACAUCAGCUGCCACUACAACCACUGGCCAGACGGUGUCGACCGAGACGAAUGCGGGUGGUACGGUUAAGACAAUUUUUAUUGGAGCAUCACAGCCGACAGCGACGCCGUCCAGUACGAGUACUGCUUCCACGUCCAGUAAAAACAGCUCGAGCAUGAGUCCCGGAACCAUUGCUGGUAUUGUUGUGGGAUCCAUUGGCGGAGCCCUUGCAAUUCUUGCUCUGAUAUUCGUUCUUUUCUUUGCGAAACGCAAGCAGCGUGCGAGCAGCCCUGAUCCAAGUGUACAGAACAUCCUACUGGACGGAAGACAAAGCAAAGGCUCACAGAUGAGUUUCAUGAAGGGCAUGUUUUCCGAUAACCAUAGUCAUACUCUAUCGGCCGGGUCGUCGACCGCCGCUCACCGUUUGCCGACGUUUACGGACAACCGCAUGAAGACCGAUACCGUUCUCUUUGCCAAUGGCCGUCGCGACAGCGAUGCGUCGCUUCAAGACAACGAGGACUAUUCUCGCCCUGUUCUACGGCUUACGAACCCGGACUAA